UACUUGACUUAUAAUUAGUUCAAGUGAAAAUGAGGGCAUUUAUAGUUCUGGUUUCGGUGUUGGCCACCACUCAGGCUUUAGGUGAUUGGAAGGAGGGCCUUAGUGUAAGGUUCGGUUUGAACCCACUGGGCUUCGGGAGCAGUUACUUUAUAAACGUACCACGCACUGUGGCCCAAGCGAAGAACUCGCGAUGGGUGCUGACCCCCAGACCCGCGGGGCCGAUGCCCAGUCUCGUGCUGUAUUGUCCUUCUCAGAACGACCGCUCUCUCUGCGCCCUCUUCGACAAUCAGAACAAUGUGGCAGGCCUCCAAAUUGCCCUGCCCAUUGCUGACUUCCAAGAUGCUGUCAUGGACUGGAAGACGCAAGGUUUCACACAAUGGACCCCGCCUGCCAAUUCCAAUGGAAUCGUCAAGAGCUACUGGACUAUUCAACAGUACUUCGUCAGUGAAGCAUCACUAGAAGACAAUGUCACGAAUCGUGAAGAAAACACGCGGCUUUUAAACCAGAACGCCGUUUGGGUGACCGGCUUCGACGGAAAACUUCUCAGGGUAUCAGCCAACGGCGCGGAUAUUGACAACACAGCAUCUUCUGGAUUCACCAAGCAAGCUUGCGUCGUUUUGAUGGGUCGCCACUAUUAUUACAACAUGACCGCACAAACUGAGUGCACGUCCAGGGGUAUUCUACCCUGGUUCCCGCUUGUGCACUCUGGAGAGCUCAUCGGCAUGGGUUUCCUACUCUUCGGAAAACUUAAUGAGAAGGCUUUAGUCAAGGACUACUUCGAAAAACCUGACAGAUCUGCAGUACAGAUGAUAGUUCCUGAUGGACCUACUUGCCUCUACGAGCUGGCAGAGAAUCCAGGACUGGUCACUAUGCACACCUACUAUAUCAACACACCUUGGCUAAUCAACUGCAUCAACCAAUAGAUAUUUGUAAUAUAUAUACAUAUAGUUUGUAAUUUACAAACGUAAUGGAGUAUCCAAUAAACUAUAAAUAUGGCUGUAUGAUAAAGCGAAAAGUUACGAAACCAGCUUAGCGUUGUGUCAAUUAAAAUAAUCAAAUAACAACUAACAACCAGAGAAAUCUCAAAAAGGAAAUAUAGCAAAAACAUUAAAUUAUGUGAAGAGUUUAUUCACCAAAGCCAGUAAUGACAAUCAAUCGAAUUAAACGCAUUUUUCUUAUUUAAAACGAAGGUUUUAUUUUUGAUCUAAGAAUAGUGUAAUUUUUCUAAGUUUGUGGCCGACAUGUUUGUUGAUUGAAUACCUGUAGGCACCUACUAAAUACAUACUCAAAGCUUCACAGAAAUUCCUAGCAAGCUUGCAGUACGUCAAAGGGUUCGAACAGCUAUAACAUACAUACAUAGGUACAUCUGUAAAUUUCAUAUUUGCAUCUCAACAUUGUCACACCUUAGAUAAUCGUUUCUAAGGCCGUAUACAGAAAGAAAGCCGAAAGCCGAUCGGCGCCGAUCGGCGCUUAUCGG